AACCAUCAUGAUUUAUAAAUUAUGAAUUUAUAACUUUGUGAUUAAUUUAUACUUGCUUUAUAAUAAUUAAUUUCUAAUUGUAAUCUUUUGAAUUUUAUUACAUUUUGCUAUCAUGGCUUUAGACAAACUACGAAUUUCAGAAUCAGAUGCACCAACUGAGAUACCAAAACAUGUUUACGAUAUCAUAGAACGUAUUGUUGAACAUCCUAAUGUACACGGAGUCAUGUAUUUUAGAGGAAAUCAUGUUGAAAUGUGUACAGUUCCGAAACACUAUUCGGUCCGGUUUUCAACUUUCUUACCUUUAAUGUCGAACGCAGUACAUUUUGCAGUAACUGAAGUCGAUGUAACUGAUGAACUCAUGACAUACAGAAUAGAGACCAAGGCCUACGAGAUAAUCGUCGCAGGAGACAGCUGCAAUAAACAAAGUCAAUCCAAUAAUCGAUCGAAUUAUGGAUGACGAGUCUGUUGUGAUCGUAGUAAUGACUAAUAAAGAUGGUAAUCCAAUAUUGACUAAUAUUGGUCUUAAUACU